ACCGAAUUUAAAUUUAUUUAAAAAUCAUGAUGAGUUUUCUAUUAACAUUUCCAAGACAAUGGAAUUGGUUUUUCAUGAAAGAGCAACAAAUUCUUCUUUUCAUGCAAGAUCCAAUUCAUGUUGCAACUAAGUUUAGAAAUAGACUUCUUUCUGAAGUAGCAUCCAUGAAAAUGGGCAAAUAUUUAAUUGAUAAACAACAUAUAAUAUAUUUAAUUGAAUCAUAUAGUAAAAUUGAACAUAGUUUAAUUAAAUGUGAUAUUAAUUUUAAAAGAUCGACAAAAUUUUCCAUGUUGUCGACGAAUAUCUUCAGACAAUGUUCUCAAUUUGUUAAAUAAGAAUGAAAAUUUUAAAGGAACUUACGUUUAUUUAUCACUAUUGCGUUCGAUUAUAAUAGGAUUUAUCGAAAAGUCUAGUACAAUUGAAGAACGAUUGUAUCACAUAUGGACGGUAGUCUUCACAUGUAGAUUGUGGUGGCCAUGGAUCCAUUAUUGGGCAAUAAAAAAUAGUAGCAAUAAUGAUAAUUCAGAAUCAGUAAAACAAGUUAAAUCAAACAGCUUUAUUACUAAACCAACAUUUUGGUGUAUUGAGAUUAAUGCUCAUACGUUGCUUUAUAUUAUUUUAUUAGUAAUUAAAAAUAAAUUACCUGUUGAUGCACUCAGUACAUAUCUUUUUAAUUCUCAAACUUGCGAGAACACGUUUCGAAUAGCUCGCGCUUUAUCAGGUCCUUAUUCAUCGAUUACUAAUUUUACUGUAAAAUCAUUUAUAAAUAGAUGCGAAAAAAUAUCAAUUAUUAAUUCUAUUAAAACUCAAGGAGGACAAAUAGGUGACUAUCAGUUCAAAUUUCCACAGCAUCAUAAACAUGAUAAAGAAGUACAUGUUUAUUCAGUAAAUCCUCUUAAACAACUUAAUUUAACCCUUUGGCUCCCGGCUUUUUUUUGUGAAAAUCAAAGUUUUUAA